AUGUCUGACCGACGCUUCUGGGAGCACAAUUCUCACCCUGGUCUGGUCUUCAUUUCUGGUGUCGAGUAUGACUUAUCCCGUGCCUCUGAUGGCAUGAUUCACUGUCCUGUUCCUGCCUGCUCAGGCGCAUUCAAAAGGAGGUCCACCUUUAAGACCCACAUUGAGCAUCACAAAGAUAUUCUCCUCCCAGCCCUGGCCCCUCAAUCAAACAGUUCUGGUCUUCAAGAUACUCCUCGACUUCAAGCCGCCGUCCGUCCUCAAGUGCCUAAUCUCUCCCACAGCAUCCUUGCUAACAGUGCCAAUGCUCUGCCUUCAGCCCGCACCGUCUCAACCGUGACUCCUCCUGAAGGCCCUCUUCAGCUGCCGGACAAUAAACCUCCUACCACCCAAGUUAUCUCUCCAGAUUUGAACAGUCAUGUCGUCCUUCUCCCAGGUGAAGAUUAUCUUCUCUCCACUUGCCUUCUGGAUCAGUUCGGUCUUUGCAUGCACACUGGUAUCAAGAUUUUUAUCUGUAUGGGCUGCAAGAAGUCUCUCACUGCGGCUAUGGUCCCUGGUCACCGCAAGACUCACCACCGCCAAUCCCUCACCCCGAAACAGAUGGAAUCUCUGGACGAAUUCGUCCUCAAAAACAAAAUCUACCUGCGGCAAGAAGAUGUUAAGAUCCCCGCCCACCAAGGCCCUCCAGUUCAGCUUAUAGCCCCUCCGCGUAAAGGCAUGGUAUGCAUGCAGUCCGCUGAUUGUCAUUAUGCCGCCUCCAGCAUCCCCACCAUGAUAAACCAUGGGAGACAGGCCCAUAGGGUAUCCAAGGACGUCAUGACCUACGAGGAAGCAUUCAUCCAACAGCUCUUUGAGUCUGUAGGUCGAGUAUAUUUCGUGGUCAUCCAGCCCCCCCCUUCUGAAAAAGCCAUCGACAUCAGAAACGUCAUCGCCAAUUCUUUCCCUCACUCCAUUGAUAUUCCAGCAGUCUCACGCACCGCAGUCCCUGAUGAGGAGCGAAGGUCCCUCAUUAAAGUCAUGGCCUGGGAUUGCUUCAUGCAGGACGUUCGUUGCCAGAAAUCGCAGGUCAAAAUUUUGGAGACCCUCAAGGGUCAGCACCGCCCAGAAGAAUUUUAUGGUUUUUUCACCACUUUGGACUUUCUCGUGAAGGCUUACUUUCACAUGGCGCCCGAGCUCCUGGAAGGUAAUCCCCAGAGACUUACCAUCUGCAAACUCCUCUUACACGGUGAUGACGUCAAGAAAGAUUCAGAUCACUGGCGUCCCAUCUCAAAAAAAAAUACUUCUUAUAGCGAGCUGAUCGUCCAGUUUUUGCGGGCCAUCAUCCGGAUUUACCUCACCCAAGACCAUCCUUCCAAUUUCUCUUUCGGUCUCCACCCCAACCAGAUCGAUGCCUUGGAUGCAUUUGUGGUAUGCAUCGAUCAGAACGACCACGGUGAUGACCUUGACUUAGGCAGUGGUGGCGACGCCAUGAAGAAGCUGCACGAAUUUUUAUGGACCUUGAUGGAUGGUGCUAGCGUCCACGCCGAGGAGAACUGGGCAAAUGUCAUCCAGCGCUUUAUAUGGUUCAAGGCUCUGCGACGUGACGGUAACUUCUAUGAGUCGACGGACUUCACACCAGACCUGGCAAAAUUAAAGUACUUCGUCAACAGCACUUGCCUCACCCACGCCCUGUGGUACCAGAAGGACUCUGAUGUUCCCCAAUUCGAACGAAUCAUAAAGGUUCACCAGGAGGUCUUAGCCCUAGGACGCGCAACCACCUUCAACAUGUUAUUCGAGUAUCAGCAAUAUGCCUCCUCCUUGGCUUGGAAUCAGCAACGGGAGCCAAAGGUCUUUCUCGACCCUGACUUUGAGUGGAUCACGGUCGGACAGGAGACCUUGUACCUCUCCAGAUUUCGCCAAGGCAUUCAGACUCUCCUGGAACGGGUCGAGGAGAAGUACCUCCUGCUCACCCAAGGUCGCACCAUGCUAGAGGGGCUGCCCACCCACGUCGCAGAUGACAUGACCAACUCCAUCCGUGGCCAUUCCUUCGCCAACGACAAACAAUUUGACUCCCUUAGGCUGGAACUUUUUUCUCACCUGAUCGAGAUCCAUCACUUAGCCAUGGUGGAUCGGGAAGGUCGUCUUGCCUGGGACGUGCCAGCAGUAAAGGACAUCCUUCGCCGUACGGGCGAGGUAUGGAAGCCGCUGUACCACCUGCUCUAUAUCACAACGCAGGUAUCUACUAGAGCAGUGCAAUUUUUGCAACACCAAAUCGCCAAUGCCGAGCGACACCGAAACGUCUUUGUUCAGGGUCAGGAAGUCGUUCUCUUGUCUGGCUACAGCAAGACCUCCCAGAUUACUGACAGAGAUCCUUGCACUCCUGCGUUCGUCCAUUCAAAAUUGGGAAGGUGGGUGGUGGAGUUCCUCGCCGGAGGGCUAAGGCAUGCAGAAUCUCUCUUGGCAUACGUCGCAUAUGGGGAAAAGGUUCAGCAUGAAUACAAUAGCUUCCUCGUCAUGGACAACGGCCAUCGAAUCAACCCUGACGAGUGGUAUGCAAUAUUCACACAAGUCAACCGAGAGUAUUUCCAGUGCGCCUGGGGUGUGCGAGACUUCAGACAAGGUGCCAUUGCCAUGGCUAGGGAAUUCAUCUCUCCCAACCACGCGUUCUCUCUUGCCGAUGACCUCCUGGCUGAGGGUGCAGACCACUCUACGCACAUUGACCACAUCCAUUAUGGCACCGUCCACGGCGCUGUCCCUGAACUUACCAACAAUGUCAUAGCGAAGCAUCGCUGGCUGUCAGAGGAAUGGCACACAUUCUGUGGCCUCGGUCCUGGCGACCCCCAGGCGCCCAUUCGAAUGCGAAGGUCGACCAGGGCAUCUGCAUCAUCCUCUUCAGUCGACGUCUCGGCCAUUUCUGAGGUUACCUCAACCACCGUCCGUGUGGUAUUGGAUACUUACCUGCAGGAAAACUUGGUGCCACUACUCCGUGACGCCAUCACCCAGAACAUCUUGCCCUCCAUCCUCCAUGCUGUGCAGAGCCCUGUUCCUGCUCCUGCAACGGAAUCUGCUAUUGGUACUGGACGACGUGCCCCAGUUCCGUCGGAAGUUAUAACGUAUAUGGGUGACCCUGCCUCGAACAACGCCCAGCAUCCCACCAGAUUCCCUACCCAACCCUCAUCCUCAUCCUCAUCUUCCCGUCUCACUAACCCUUCUACUGCUCCUGUCAGUCAAACAACUGGGAUGCCCACUCAGUCUUCAUCCUCUUCUUUACGUCAUGCUUCGUCCCCGUCUUCCUCUUUACGUCUCGCCUCGUCCUCAUCCUCCUCUUUACGCCUUGCCUUGUCCUCCUCCCCUAGUCCUGCCGCUCCUCCCGUAACUCCAGUCCGUCAAAAACGGCCUCGUAUUCAAGGAUCAUCAAGCCAGUCAAACGGUAGAGGUGGACCUAUUCAGUCCCCAAAACGCAUUCGACUAGCGACCUCUUACCUUGAUGCCACGGACUUACACGUCAAACAAGAAAAUCACGGGAAAUCUCUUGCAGCGGCUUCCUCUUCCCAAGCAGAGGGUCUAUUGACUGACGAUGAUCGAGACUCCUGUUCAUUCCGUAAGGAGGCUUGCUCCUCUCAGCUUGACGAUCUAAUCAUCAUGGACGAAGACGAAGAGAUAGAGAUUCUGACUCACUUUUCCCAAGAAGAGGAUGACGGAUGGACGCAGAAGGUGCGAGCUGCGUUUAGACAGCUGUUUAAAGACCCUGCUGCCAAAGAAAGGUCUCGCGAACAGUGCAAGGCUAUCAUGAGCGUCAUGAGUACUAAAAAGGACACCAUCAUCACCCUCAAGACAGGAGGGGGCAAGAGCGCUCUAUGGAUGACUGCCCCUCUUAUUGAUCCCAGCCAGCGCUGUAUUGUUGUCUGCCCAUUUGUCGUUCUCCUAGAGGAACAAGUAGAAAAAUGCCUGCAAUUCGGGCUGAGGGCACACAAUUUUACCAAAGAUAAGAACGUUCCCCUCGACGUUCAGAUCCUCUUUGUGCAGGUAGAGAGUGCUUCUUCCAAGGCGUUCCAGGUCUUCAUAGCAUCGCCCCAGGGAUCUUCCUUUACGAAAAUGUUUGUUGACGAACACCACGACAUCCUGGUGUGUCAUCCUGAUCGCAAGGAACCAUGGCAUCGUCUCGCUGCACAAUUUUCCAGGUGGCCAAAGCAAAUCAACUUGCUUUCCGCGACGUCCCCCCCAGCCAACACUGCUGCUUAUUUGAAAGUCUUUUCGCUGGAGCUCAACGAGGUUCUCAUAUAUCGCACCUGCACAGAUCGCCCAGAAAUAGGUCUUCAUGUCCUGCGCGUCCUUCCAAACCGUUUCAAGGCAUCCCUCCAGUCCCUCGUGCGCCAUCUGCAGUUGAAGAUGAGCGGAUCAGAUCGCAUGCUGGUAUUUUUCAACUCAAACAAAGAGGCAGAUAACUUCAGCACCACAAUCCAAUGCGCGGUCUUUCACAGUGACCUUCCCACUAUGGGAGGAAACACAAAAACGCAUAACCUCACAAGGUGGGAUAGCGGAGAGACCAAAGUCAUGGCGUGCACCACUGCCUUUGCUCAGGGAGUAGACCGAAGCUCAGUGCGAUUCGUGGUGAUAAGCGAGGUUGAGUAUGGUCUUAUGGUAGUGAACCAGAUGUCUGGACGUUCCGGACGCGAUGGACGCGAGGCACAUACGUUUUAUCUCACUCAGAAAACAAGUCUGUCCUCGUUCGAGAGCGACCAAGACUACCACUGCAUCAAAGGUUUGGAUGACGUCCUAUUUAACAAUGACUGUCGCAGGUAUACCUCCAUCAAGUGUAUGGACGGCAGGGGUUUUGCAUACCGUUGCAAUGACAGGCCAGGCGUGGUGAAGUGUGACGUCUGCGAUCCUGCCAGCGAGAUGCAAGGUAUUGCCUUGCGAGCGAUUAAGGAUGCAUCGUUGCAACCUUCCUCAUCUGCAACAAACACCACUCCCAAGAUUCUGGUCCCUAGCUCAUCUCAACCCUCUCAACCUACUUCCUCUCAACCUACUUCCUCUCGACCACCUUUCUCUCGACCGUCUUCCUCCCAAUCAUCUUUCUCCAGACUGUCGUCCUCCCAAGCAUCCUUCUCAGGUGACUGCGAUGCAUUGUUCGGAAAGGUUCCCGAAGUAACUUGUCAAAUGGAGAGAGCGCUCGAUGCUAUGGAGGCCGCUCAUACCCCACUUGGUCUUCAAUGUGCCGUCAACCUUUCUGGCAGGGUUCAACCAACUCACCACUCAUUUUCUCAACCAAUAGCAUCCAAGGCGUUCAAGGCACCACCCCCUCCCUCAUCACUUCCAGCUCCUGCACCAUCGUCAUCCACCAGGAGUGCCAGAGUGACUGCAGGUCUUCACGGUCGAUUGGACCGCACGUUGCUCCUUGACAGGUACAUGAGGAGGUUGCAGAAUUGUUGCCCCGUCCAUUUUGUCAUCGACUGCCAGGUCCAUGCAAAGGGUGCGUGCUCCUCGGGAAGCAACCCCCUUGACUCGAUGUACUAUAACUUCAAGGGAAGUUUUACCUUCCAACGGUUUACUUACUGCUUCAAAUGCGCCCUCCCCCAAAACUACAACCACAACAAAGAGGAGCCAUCGUGCCACUCUCAGGUCCGUUACGAGAAAGGAGUACCCCAGUGUCCCUUUGCAGGUUUCAUCUUUGAAGCGGUAUACUACAUUUGGAAGUCAGGUAAAGCUCACCAUUUGGCUGGGACUUUGGGACGACCCACUGGUUGGGUCAGCUUCGAGGAGUUCGUAUCUUGGGUGAAUGAAGAGGAAAAGGACCAGGGAAGGUACAUCAACCUCUUGGAGCUUUUCAUUGCUUUUUGCAAGAAGUUGGAGACGUCAGACCGUAAUUUUUUCCAGUAG